UCGUCGUUCCGAUUCUCUUCACAGAAAAAGUUUGGUCUGAGAUAGUUGUUGAUGGAAAUCGUUAUGCCGAGUUUUCCGUUUCACUAUGAAAGUCCGGGCAAAGAAUUCAACUGGUUGUUGUCCGUCUUUGCCGGCAUUCUUAUGUGCCAAACCGUUUACAAAUUAACAGGUAUAGUUAGCCCUUUGUUCUUUAAUGGAUAUGCCAAACUCAACGAUGCGGAAAGAAUUGAAUGGAAUAACAGGGGUUUCUCUACAUUCCAUGCCCUUGUUGUGGCAGUUGCUUCUCUCUAUCUCCUCCUGUUGUCAGAUCUGUUUGAUGAGGGUUCUCGUGCCGAGCUAAUUGUCGAUAGAAGGUGUACUUUAUCGGAUACCACAUUGGGGAUAUCCCUUGGCUAUUUUUUAUCAGACCUGGCGAUGAUAGUUUGGCAAUUCCCAGCUUUGGGUGGUUUGGAGUUCGUUUUACACCAUGGACUAUCUAUGUUCUCAAUCUUCCUCUCCCUUGUAAGCGGCCAAGCACAGGUUUAUAUACUAAUGGUUCUCUUUACCGAGAGCACAACUCCCUUCAUCAAUUUAAGAUGGUAUUUGGAUGUUGCUGGUCAGAAGAAUUCUAAACUUUACACGUUCAAUGGUGUUGCAUUGUUCCUGAUGUGGUUGGUUGCGAGGAUCCUUUUGUUUAUCUUCUUCUUUUACCACAUGUAUACCCAUUUUUAUCAGGUAAAGGAAGUGUUUCCCCUAGGCUUUUACAGCUUGCUUGUAGUGCCUCCCAUGCUGGCAGUGAUGAAUCUGUUUUGGUUUUGGAAAAUCACCAAAGGUUUGGUGAAAACUGUCUCGAAGGCGAGACACCGCGAGUAAGGAUUAACUCUUGUCCAGUCCUAUGAUGCUCAUUGUACAUCUCCAUUACCAUUUGUUUUAGGGUGUUUUCAGAAGAAUAUUGCAAUGAUCGAAAGGUAGUGUGGCGAAACAAGAUAGGUGGUAGCUAUAGUAAAGGAUGGCCAUGCAUUUCAUCUAGUGUUCAUAUUAUAGUUAUAAAUGACCCUUUUAGUUUCCCAGGUCUUCUCUCAUACUAUAUGAGAACACUGCCAAAUUCUUGUGAAGAGAGAAAUGGUCAUUUGCCCUA